AUGCUGAGCUCAAUUCACGGCUUAACCGCCAUUACUUGUGCUGUGCGCAUCUUCUCUCAGAAGGGCCCCAAGCUAGGCCAUGGAGAUGGCAUCAAUCAAGGGCCAAUCCACGGUCGCGCAAUUGGACCGACGGCUAUUCAAAGGGUCCCCCCCUCUUCGCAGCCGCUCGGCGAAUUGAAGAGGUGCUACGAGUGCAAGUACGUACAGCCUACGAGUAGUGCAGGCACUGAGCAGCGUGAAAUGAGAGUGACACACUGGCCAGGUGACCCAGCCCUGUACCGAAUCGCUGCUGUCUUUGGUGAUCACAAACAUCGAGGGCAGGCCGCCAGACAAGGCCUUUGCCUGUUCCCUGCCCUUCCCUCGCCUCUUGCGCAAUUGCUCGACGAUCAUGGGGUAAAGGCGGCCGGACGACGCAGAGCCUCGCAGGCUGCAAACCUCGAGGCCCGGAGGGGUGACAUUGAGGCCUUGCUCGCCCAGUCCCUCGGCGCCAGCGCACCAGCGAGUGUCUGCGACAGUCGGGUCACCUGUCCCUCGCCUUCUGGAGGGGGUUUGAUAUGGACAUGGACCGGAUCAUUGCACUGGUACGGAGUACUGGUAUCGUAUCAGUCCUCUCCCCUCGGGGGGGAGUGGGAGUGGGAGAGGGAGAGAGCCAAAGCCAAUGCUCUGCAGGGUCCUCCCGACCCGCCCCCAUUGGGUCACCAGGACACCCGUCCAGAGCAGAAACAAGCUGCAAGCACCCAGAGCUUGCCAACGCAUAGCUCUCCGCCGCAUGACCUCAAAGACUUUUCCUUGGUCCACGGGCUAUUGCUUUUUUUUGUUUUUGCUGCUUCCCAUUCAUGA